AUGAGCCAUCUACAGCAAAGUACUCUCACCCACUUCUCUGACGUAUGGGAUAUCACUCGUUAUUCACAACAUGCCUCGCGGUCGAAUACAUUCCUACAGCUGCCACUCCGAGUGCAGAACUAUGAUGGGCAGACGGUAGUGUUCCCGGUGCCAAACGGCUGCUACGACCGUGUGCGCAUCACAUCGCUGACCGAUUCGCUCGUUGGAGAAUCGCUUAAGCUGGCCAACAUCGUCUCGUCUAGAGUGUGUAACGCGUGUGCGGUCGAGGUCUCUCCCACCCCCACCCCCUCGCCUUCUGCGGAAGCCACAUCGACAAUGCACAGCUCUGAGACUGAGAGUAGCACCAACCCUUCAUGGUGGGAUGAAUUCGAAAAAUACGAUAAGCCCAAGAAGUCGAAGAAGAGCAAAAAGAAGAAGAAAAAACACCCCCAUCAUGACGAUGUUAAUGAUGAUGAUGAUAAUGAUGAUGGUCUAGUCAAAUGGCAUAAUGCGAAUGAGAAUUCAGUGGACGAAGCUCAACGAACCGGUCAAAAUAUUUUAAGCGCCGGGCCUGACCAAUCGGCUGAUCAAGCCAAUGGAGACGACGCAGUCGAGGAAUUCGAACUGAUAUUCUUGGAAAGCCUGGAUAAUACAGCGUAUGCAGCUACAAAAGGUCUAGGAUACAACGUAAAUGGCUUUGAUGUCGGUGGCGAGAGCAAGACAAAGCUACAACGGCAGCUGUUGUAA